UCAGUACCUGAGGGGGUGGGUGGGAAUGAGAACAGGCCACAGAAUUCAUACUAUAAAGGGAAGAAAUGAAUCGUGCUAAAAAGUGAGGAAACAGUUCCUAGCAGGGUGGAUAAAAAUCAAUGAUUUUUAAAAAAUGGAUUUUUUUUAUUUAAAUGGAUUUUUUUUAUUUAAAUCAAUUUUUUAAAUUUAAAUUAGAUUUUUAAAAUUAAAUGCUUUUGGAGGGAAAAAAAUCUUUCUAAAGACAGUUUUCUAUUUAAGUUACAUUAUAGUCCAAAGGCUAUUCAUCAGGAAAUAAGGAUUUGUUUUAAGUUUUUCCUGUGUGCUGAAACUCACUCUAAGUUUUUUAGGGUUUUUUAAAAGGGUUAAACCACAUCAGUUAACAAACAUGGAUACAUAUGCUGUAAUGUUUUUGUUUUAGUUAAAUUGUUUAAAUUGUUAUUAAGGAAAUGAUUAUUUUUCUCCUUCCAAUAAAGCACAGAGGAAAAGUUGUCCAAAUAUAAACAGCUAACUUGUUAAACCUCACAAUAAUUAUCUAAGUAUUUCUAAUAGGAUAACCAAAUCAGUAAUUUUUGAUAUACAAAUGUAAAAAAUAACUCUGAAAAGUUAUUAUUCCAGAAAUGAAACCUUCAUCUGGUUGUAAAUAUUAAGAUAAUACCAGCAGGAAUGGUCUUUUUGUUUAAAAAAAGAGAGAUUUAAAUCAAGUCUUACUGACUAAUGAUUUAAAUUGUGAUUUAAAUCAAUUUGAUUUAAAUCAAAUCCACCCUGGUUCCUAGAAACCUGGGAGGGCUUUUCACCUCAGGAGAAGGGAGCAAAAGAGCCCAAGUCAUUAAGCAUGCAGCUUUCGCGAGCUUUUUCAGUCCUUUCCACAUUCCUAUACAAAAUGACUGGAUCCGUACUUCUUAGACUUUUGGGCACAUCAGAAAAAUCAAAAUGGGAGAUGGUCUGGGUUCAAAUGCCACUCUUUUGUUGUUGUCGCAUUUAUUUUCUGAGGAACCAUUGCAAAAAUAGGGGAGUCUGCCCAUAGGGACAAACUUCCUGUUACAUCACACUCAAUAAUAAUAAUAAUAAUAAUAAUAAUAAUUUAUUUAUACCCUGCCCAUCUGGCUGGGUUUCCCCAGCCACCCUGGGCAGCUCCCAACAGAAUAUUUAAGAACACGACGAAACAUCUGACAUUAAAAACCUUCCCUAAACAGGGCUGCCUUCAGAUGUCUUCUAAAAGUCAGAUGGUGGUUUAUUUCCUUCAAAGCCUGACUUUGCCCUCCUCACAACCACAAUCCCAUGAAAGGAACGCUACAGCCUCCCACAAACUCCAUAAAAAUCAAAAUUUCUGAAUAAGUUUUCAGGGCCAGAACCCACAGUAUCCCAAAGCCCCUUAUGAACAUGGGCAGGUUAAAAUCAGUUGCAAUUAUGAUGCAGGACUUAGUACCAUGAUGAGACGAAUGAUGCAUUAUUAUGAAGUACAAAUCCAAAAUCCGAAUAGAUUUUGUUGUACUAUCCAAAAUCCGUGGCAAAACCAUGAAGCCUAUACCGCUUCCUUUUAGAUUAGAUCUAUGUGUUUUAGGUAAUAGAUCCUCAGUUCUUCACAAGAUUGGUCAAUAAAGAUUAGGCUAACAGAUCAGUCAAAUAUGGCUCAAAUACUGAGUCAGGGUUUUUUUUUUUUAAAAAAAAGCAUUAACUUUAUUAGAACAGCAACAACAAAAAAGAAUUAGUGCUUAAGUCUUCAAGGGCCUUGGUAUUUCUGCCAACACCUUAAUAGUAAAUUGAAACAAUCAAAUUAGCUUUUAUAACAUCAUAAUGUGGGAAUGUCAUCCAACUGGCAAGCUUUCUGGAGAUGUAUAAAUUAGUUUAAUAACAAAACAAGAACCGAUGGCUAUCUCUUCACUAGUAUUAUUAUGGGAUGGGCAAAAUGAAGGCGGAUUGGAUAAAGUAUUGAUUCUGUUAUUUUUUGUUCGCUGCCUGAAUGUUUAUCGCAAGACAUAUUUAGAAGAGCUAAAUAAGGACGGUAAAAUCUGGCCCAUGGCUACUGAUGACAAAUUAACUAAAAUAUUAAGAUAUAGUAGAGUAGAAAAAAAUAUAUAAUAUUCAUUUUCAACAACUAGGCAAAACAUUAUUUUAUGACAACAAUGUUUAAAUGCCUCAAGGGAAAUAUGGCACUAUUUUGAAUUCUUAAUAACUCUUCAGCUUCAAGUGAGAAUAUCAUAAAACUCUGAGGACAAUAUCCUGAUAUUACAAAUAAAACAUUUCAUUUUUAAAUAAAAGGCAUACUACUACCCUCCAAUAGCAAUAAUUAUCCUUCCCCCCAGGGACUGUUAAUGCAACAACCCCAAUUUGUAUUAUUUGGGUAUGUUUCAUUUUAAUUCAAUUGUCUGUUUUCUGCUUCGUUUCCUUAUUUCGUAUAUGUUAUAAGUUAAUGUUAUGUGUUACAGAAUGAUAUGUUUUGAUUAAAUAAAAAUAAAUAUUAUAAUGAAUUCUUUUUACUUUCUACAGUGCUAGGAAGAUUUCUAUAAAUGCUAACCAAUUACUGAACAUUUUUAUUUUAUACAGGAACACCAGGUCAAUCUAUCGUUUCCCAACCUCGUGCUCUCCAGAGACUACAAUUCCCUUUAAAUCCAUUUUUGCACAGCCAUGUCAUGUUUGGACUGAUCAGAGUUGUAAGUACAGAAAAACUUCACUGUGCCAGGUUGCACACUGGCCUAUAAUUGCAUGUUGCACAGAAGCCUGGCCUAUAAUUGCAUGUUGUUGUUGUUUUUAAAAAAUGAAAUUAAAAAAGAACAGAAAUAAUGCAAAAUACAGCAACCAUUUUAAAGGAAGCUGAAAAAAGCUACACCAUGGUAUUCUUGGCUUUGUAGAAUAUUUGCGAAGAGUUGACUGCAAUCAAAUAUUAAGUAGUUAACUAACUGCUCAACGGCCAAUAUUUGACUGGUCAAUUGACCAAAUAAAAUUCCUUCUAUAGAUUCUCUUAGAAAGCUAAAACUACUGAGAGUUUUGCUCAACUCUUCCAGGAAACCAUACGGUUUCUAUUUCUUAACAUCUACCCCGGUUACCGAUGACAGUGUGGUUUUCUACAUGCGCUGAAAUACAACUCCCUAAACCUCUGAAGGAAAUAAUGAUUUCUCAGAAGUUUCUGUAAAGGAACUGAAAAAUUUAGGGAAAUACAGUCAUACCUCGGAUUGCGAACGUGAUCCGUGUGGGAGGCACGUUUGCAACCUGCAGUGCUGCGUCUGCGCAUGCAUGUAAUUCGGUGCUUCUGCACAUGUGCAAAGCGUGAUUUAGCGCUUCUGCGCAUGCGCCGAAACCCGGAAGUAACCUGUUCCAGUACUUCCGGGUUUGGCAUGGUCCGCAACCCAAAAAUGCGCAACCCGCUGGAUUCGCAACCCGAGGUAUGACUGUACUGCUGGUAUUGGAUGAUCGAAAAACCAUCAGAAGCCUUGAGUAGACACCCCCUGCCUUAUUUUAAAGCCAUUAUACAUUUGUGAAUGAGCUCUUGCUGCUAAACCUAAGUCACUAGUUGCUUAAUAAUAAUAAUAAUAAUAAUAAUUUAUUUAUUUAUACCCCACCCAUCUGGCUGGGUUUCCCCAGCCACUCCGGGUGGCUCCCAACUGAAUAUUAAAAACACGAUCAAGCAUCAAACAUAAAAAACUUCCCUAAACCUAAGGUGAAUGUCAGAUACAAAGUGAGGUUGCCUAAGUUGUCUUAAUAUUUGCUGUGCAAACUUUUCUUUGCAAUACAUGCAUUUGCAUAACUGUGUGGGUUUUUCUUUUUUUUAAUGAAAAUUCAGGAUUUGUAAGGAUGAGGCAAGUUUAAUCGCUGGAACAAUCUUAUUAACUGCAAAUACGGUGAUACUGAAGUUUCUGAUUAUAUAUAGUGGUGUUUAUUUAUUUUAUUGCACUACACCAGAAGGUGCUUUUUCUUACAUUCUAGGUAAAACCAAACCUUGCAGUCAUUUUCACCACAGGCAAUGGAUCGGAGGCAGGAAUGCCCACCAUCACUGAUCUUCAUCCUCAAGAUCAGGGGUCAGCAAAAAAUUUUCAGCAGGGGACCGAUCCACUGUCCCUCAGACCUUGUGGGGGGCCGGAUUAUAUUUUUUUGGGGGGAGGGGAAUGAAUGAAUUCCUAUGCCCCACAAAUAACCCAGAGGUGCAUUUUUUUAAAAAGCACACAUUCUACUCAUGUAAAAACACCAGGCAGGCCCAACAAAUAACCCAGAAAUGCAUUUUAAAUAGAAGGACACAUUCUAGUCAUGUAAAAACACACUGAUUCCCAGGGCCAGAUUUAGAAGGCAAUUGGGCCGGAUCCGGCCUCCAGGCCUGUUUGCCUACCCAUGCUCAAGAUACUAAAGUAGCAAUAUCUCUUAUCUACCCCGAUCGCCCUGAAGUUUAGGUCACAUUGAACCGAGCAACUUAAAAUGCAGUCAACAAAUAUUUGCCUUUUGAACUUAUUGAUUCCUAGGUGGAUUUCGGGCUUACUGGCUGCAUGCAGAUGAGCUCCAACAGAGAGCUUCCUACCCCCACCACCAACAUGCGAAACUGUCCCUUGCACCUUUCAGAGCUGCUGAGGUCACAGAAACCGAGGAAGCCUGGUGAACAGCAGCUACGGGGGAAAAACCCAGAAAUGGUGCUGUUUAGCCAGCACACCUGGCCAUAAGCUCACCCGCAGAUUCUUCUGCAAGAGUAAGCAAUGAAGAAAGAACUAUGCCGAGCAAAUGAAACCAGUGUGCAUUACUAAAUGUCAACCAGGCACUGACAUCUACUUAAUAAAAGGGAGCACGUGUUGCAGUAUGUGUAAAUAUCCCUAUGGAAGGA